CAAUUCCCAAGAUGCGCGGCGGCGGUGACCAGUGCGCUUGCGCGGAGAGAAGGGUGGUACCCAGAUCCUGCUCGGGAGAGCGGUCUGAGUCCUCCGAGACCUGAGGGACUUCUUUCAGUCCUCAUGGAAACUCCUUCACCCUGGUGAUGGCCCACAGGGAUUGUUUUCUUGCUAUUGGUCUGAAUGAUGGCCAAGAAGGAAGACAGAGGUAGAGCAGUUGGAUCUCUGGCUCUCCUCAUUGCUUCUACGCUUAGACCCAAUUAAAUUCAUCUCUGAGCCCCAGGACAAAGGUCACUUGAACAAAUGAUUCUGAGCCAUGAGUGAAAAAUCUUGCUCUUUCCAUACUGAGAAAGAAUCAAGAGAUGAACAGGCUGAAAGCAUGUCUGCUGGGUUCUCAUCACAAGACAAGAACGACAAACCUUUUCUGGCUUUCCGAGGGAUCCCCAUCUGUGAACUGAAGAACCACAGCAUCCUCCAGGCGCUGACAAGCAAAGCCAAUGGAUGGGACCCAAAUGUUGUGAGUACUGAGGUCCUCAGAGCCCAGGAAGAAUGGGAGUCUGUGGACAGCAUCCUGCCAGAGCCAGGGGAUCCAGCCAGCUCUGGCCAGCCUGGGCAGCUGGUGUCCUUCAGUGAAGCCCUGCAGCAUUUCCAGACCACUGACCUCUCCUCCUUCAAGCAAAGGAUCCAGCCCACCAUCCGAAGGACUGGGCUCGCCGCCCUCCGGCACCGCCUCUUUGGGCCUCCCAAACUCCACCAGGGCCUCCAUGAAGAAAGGGACUUGGUCCUGACCAUCGCCCAGUGUGGCUUGGACAAUCAGGACCCACUGCACGGCCGAGUCCUGCAGACCAUCUACAAGAAGCUCACCGGCUCCAAGUACGACUGUGCUCUUCUCGGAGACCACUGGGAGGACCUGGGCUUUCAGGGAGCGAACCCGGGCACAGACCUGAGAGGUGCAGGCUUCCUGGCCCUCCUGCAUCUGCUCUACCUGGUGAUGGACUCCAAGACCCUGCUGAUGGCUCAGGAGAUUUUCCGCUUGUCGCAUCACCACAUUCAGCAAUUCCCCUUCUGUCUGAUGUCCGUGAACAUAACCCGCAUCACGGUACAGGCCCUACGAGAGGAGUGUCUCUCCAGGGAGUGUAACCGGCAGCGGCAGGUCUUCCCUGUGGUCAACAGCUUCUACGCGGCCACAUUCCUCCGCCUCGCGCACGUCUGGAGGACGGGGCAGAAGACCAUCUCCGACUCGGGCUUCGUCCUCAAAGACUUGGAAGUGUUGGCCAAGAAGAGCCCCCGGCGGCUGCUCAAGACUCUGGAGAUCUACUUGGAUGGGGUGUCGCAGGGCCAGGCCUCCCUGCUGGGGGCACAGAAGUGCCACAGGCUGCCAGCCUCCCACUCCAAAGAUCUCACCUUCACUGGGGUGUGUGAGCUGCCCUCCACAGAAGGCAGGCUUAUCUGACUGCAUCUAGAAGCAGAAGCUAUAGGAAGGUGGCCAGGCGGGACUGGGGCCCGCAGCAGUGCGCAUCCAGGCCAGCCAUGCCUCUUCUAGUCCCUGCCAUAGAAAGUGCUGUAGAAUGCUCCUGGGCCUGGCCUGGGGAGACUGAGACAUUCAGGCCAUGACCUGGUUCACCCCAACCCCAUCCCACUCCCCCACCCUACCCCCACAUGCCUCCAGAGCUGGGAGGACUCUGACUUUGGUAGCUCGGCAGCUCACCCCAGUUUCAGCUCAUCUCAGGGAGACUGAAGAACAUGAGGGAGAAGAGCGCCCUCUGGAGGCUCCACGCGGCCCUGCGCAGAGGCAUUUCCAAGCCCAUGCAGCCCAAUUGCACCUUCCUGGCUGUGGUGUUUCCAGGCUUCCCCUAUCUCAGGGCGCAAGCAUGAGAGAAUUUGAAGGAAGAAGGUCUUGGUGG